GUUCGCUUCUCUUAUAUGCGGAUGAAAUAUCUCUUCCUCUCUUGGCUAGGAGUAUUUAUUGGCAGCUGGAUUAUUUAUGUUCAGUACUCAUCUUACACAGAACUUUGCAGAGGGCAUGACUGCAAGAAAAUAAUAUGUGAUAAAUACAAGAGUGGGGUUAUUGAUGGAUCAGCAUGUAGUAGCCUGUGUACAAGACAAACACUUUAUUUCAGAAAAUGUUUGUCAACCCAACCCAACAAUCAGAUGUAUUUAGGAGAAUGGGGCAAUUUGCAAGGAGUUAUAAAAUGCCAGAUGGAAGAAAUUGCUCAUAUUGAUCUCAGAACUGAACUAGAACCAAGGAAGGAAACAAUUCUGUUUGAUAAACCGACUAGAGGAACCACUGUUCAAAAAUUCAAAGAGAUGGUCUACGGGCUUUUUAAAGCAAAACUGGGAGAGCAAGGAAAUCUUCCUGAACUGGUUAAUCUCAUCUUGACUGUGGCUGAUGGGAAUAAAGAUGGCCGUGUUUCCUUGCCAGAAGCAAAGUCAGCAUGGGCACUUCUCCAGUUAAAUGAAUUCCUGCUCAUGGUAAUUCUCCAGGAUAAAGAACACACUCCCAAAUUAUUGGGGUUUUGUGGAGAUCUUUAUGUGAUGGAAAAAGUUGAAUAUACCUCUCUUUUUGGAAUAAGCCUUCCGUGGAUCUUAGAACUCUUCAUUCCUUUUGGUUUCAGAAGAAGCAUGGAUCAGUGGUUUACUCCGUCAUGGCCCAGAAAGGCAAAAAUAGCUAUUGGGCUCCUAGAAUUUGUGGAAGACAUUUUCCAUGGACCAUAUGGGAAUUUUCUUAUGUGUGACAUGAGUGCCAAAAACCUGGGUUAUAAUGAUAAAUACGACUUAAAAAUGUUGGAUAUGAGAAAAAUAGUGCCAGAAAUGAAUUUAAAAGAACUUAUUAAAGAUCGUCACUGUGAGUCUGACCUGGAUUGUGUAUACGGCUCAGACUGUAGAACUGUAUGUGACCAAAGUAAAAUGAAAUGUACUACAGAAAUAAUUCAGCCAAAUUUAGCAAAAGUGUGCCACUUGCUUAAAGACUAUCUGCUUCUCGGGGCUCCUUUAGAAAUACAUGAAGAAUUAGAGAAACAACUGUACUCUUGCAUUGCCCUGAAAGUUUCAGCCAAUCAGAUGGAAAUGGAACAUUCCUUAAUACUCAAUAACUUGAAAACUCUAUUGUGGAAGAAAAUAUCUCAUACAGAUGAUUCUUAGGUGCUUUGUCUCAGAAGAAGAAACAGUUGCUGCUGUAGGAGCUGACCACUUUUUGUGAAACAUACUUUAUAGUUUUUGAAACAUUAGUUAUCCUCAUCUUUUAUCAGUUCUCUUUCAGAUAUGUUUUUCCCCAACUGAAGAGUUACACCUGUACUUAAAAUGUAUGCCUGUCAGACUACUGAAGCCACAUGGCUACAACACUCCUGGCUGGAAAGAAUACUAAUUCCCUGUUACCCUUUUACCCUUCAUUGGCUUCAGAGAUUUCAUAAGAGCCUUCUGUUGUUAGUAUUCAUUCUGUUUCUUUAGAAACUUACUAAAAGCCAAAUUUAUACAUAUGGAGAAAGCAUUUGGUAUAAUCCCAGGAAAUCUGUUCUGUAGAAUUUAUAAACAUACAUGUAUUCAGCUGAACAACUUCCUAAAAGUA